CGCAAACGUCAAGUUGGCAUUCCAAUACGAAUGGCAACUCAGCUGAUUUCUCUUUUGAGGCAACAGAAACUGUCAUAUUGCACACUUCAUCUUUAAUUUCAUUUUUUUUUGUGAUUCUCAAUUAGAUUAAAAAGUGCAUUGUGACAUUAAAGUGUUUAGCUGGACCUUCAUUGGCUGUCUAAAUUUUCAAACCGGAUAUAACAUGACUGAUACAUCGUCGAUUAAGGUUCAAGAAGUGAGAAAUGGCUUAUACCGGAUUCAUUGGAUCUUCAGUGAAGUUAUGAAAAAGGAACUGGGCGAAUAUAAAGAGGCAUUUCACCUGUCUGGAACCCAGUCUCAUCGAAUCUAUACAAUCAACUACCACAUUAAAAGCACAACUGAAAAAGACUCUAAGCAGGGAUGCAAAUAUGAAUACUCCAUAACUGUUGGUGAAAAAUCUGAAUGCCAACCAAGUAGAGAUGCAUCGUCCAGCAACCCCAAAAUUCUUGAUUGUGCCUAUUUGUUUAUGGAUAACAAAUUCGCACAUGGUAAUGAAAUACCAUUAAACAAGAUAACUGCUGGUAAGUGGAUGAUGAAGUGCAUUCAUCCGUCAUACCGAGAAAACCUAACAUUGUGGAUGGAUUUUGGGGCGGAUCCGCACUUGAACGAGAACGUAAUGGAUGUCAUGAACGGACUUUCCGAAAUGUUUCACAAACAAAUAUUGUGUGAUAUUCAAUUCGAGUUCAACGACGGACAAACCAUCGGUGCUCACGUUAGCAUUCUAUCAGCAAGAAGCCCAGUUUUCUCUGCCAUGUUCCAGUCUGGUAUGGUGGAGUCUCAAACUAGGCGAGUGAUCAUCACUGACAUUUCAACGGAAGUCUUCCGCCAGCUGCUCAUUUACUUAUAUACUGGCUAUGCGCCUAAAUUGGAAGAGGAAAGCAUGACUCCGCCUCUUCUUGAUGCUGCGGAAAAGUAUGGUGUUGAGAUACUCAAGAAUCAAUGUGUCGACCUUUUGCUGAAGCGGGUGAGAAAGGAGAACGCCAUUAAACUGCUAAUUUGGUCACAUAUUCAUUCAAUCCCGUCACUGUACGAUUCCAGUAUGAACUGCGUCGUCAGUCAUUUCCGUGAACUCUGUUUUAUGCAGGAGUGGUUGGAUUUCAUGAAAACUUACCCGGAAUUGUGCGUGCUGGCUAUACAACGAAUAGCCUCACUGUCCUGCUAACAAACUCAAGAUCUGACAGUGUGAAGCUAUAUUGUUCCCUUUUUGUGUGUGGAAUUUUAUGCUCAAUUUGUGUUCAUUUAGUAAUGUGCUGCAUCACUUAUUUAUUAUUUUUCUUUUCAAAUAUCAUUAACAUUUCUUUCUUUGGUUCACAAAAUAUUUUUUACGAAAUGAUUACACACUUACGUUUGCUUUGUUUGUUUUGACAUUUUUGUUUUUACGUAAACAAAAGACAGAACCAUCUAGUGGUCUUUUCAUUUGUGUCAAUUAUUUUAUAUUGAUUUAGAAGUCCAACUAGUAAAAUUUAAUUUUUGCUAGAUUAAUUUAAUAACAAAAAACAUGAACAUUAUAGAUUGUGUUUUAUUGGAACUUUUCUAAAAUAUUUGAAAUUUGAACAUGCAACUUUCGUCGCAACGGCAACAUUGGAUUCCAGUCUAUUCGGUCGUCGUUAUGACGUUAUCGGAAUCCAUUAAUCAUUUCCUGUUUGGUCUUAGCAGCUUCUUGCUGGUGAGUCGGUUGCUCUAUUCUUACUCACUUGUGCAAAAAUUACAGUGCUGUGCAUCUAUUUUGUGUGCUUCAACUGACUUUUAUUUUCGCCAAUUGCACUUUUUCUCCCGAAUUGUUUUGUUACUGACUGACGUGUUUUUGCAAGUGUGACGCCAUUACUUGUUGUGCAACAAAAGCUACCCAACAAAAGUAUGACUUCGAACAUGUCUGAUAGUUCACGACACGUCAAGCUGCUUGAAAUAAGACCUGGCUUAUUCCGAAUUCAGUGGAAGUUUAAAGACAUGGAUGAAGAGGGAAUCUAUACGAAAGAAUUCAAACUCAAUGUAUCCCAAUCCCAACGUUCCUACAGGAUUACGUAUCGUCUCAAUAAAGUGACCAAGUCCUCGACUGCUAAAUAUGGAUUCAAGUACCAGUAUAAAGUUGUGGUUGAAGAAAUUGGGAAAUCAGCUGCCGAAAAGGUUUCUAAAACUUCAGGGCCUCUCUACAUGUGGAUCAACAGUCAAGUUCUUUUUGGGAAUGAAAUUUCAUUGAAACAAAAACUGGAAUCUGGCAAGUGGAGAAGACACAGAAUGAGACAAACACCCCGAAAAUCGCUCACGCUGUGGAUUGAUUUUGGCACCUCAACUGAAAACGAACGAAAUCUCAUCAGCGGAAUUGCCCAAAUGUUUUACACCCAAAGCUGUUGCGACGUCUUAUUCCAUUUCAGCGAUGGUCACGAAAUCGGUGCCCACGUUUCGAUACUUUCAGCCGGAAGUUCAGUCUUUUCAAUCAUGUUGAAUCGUCCCGAUCCAAUUAAACGGACAGUGGAAAUUGGCAGACUGACUACGUACGACAUCUUCUACGAGAUACUUACCUUCUUAUACACUGGUAAUGUCCCCAAAUUUGAAGAAAAAGAUGACGGGAUGAUGCAGUUACUCUACCAGGCAGCUGACAGUUUUGGAGUCGAGGCACUAAAACAGAAGUGCACCAACGUAUUGCAGAAACGAGUUUCAUUAGACAAUGCGAUCAAUUUAUUGGUUUGGUCUCACAUGCACUCCAUUACGAAGCUGUUCGAAGUUACCAUGGAGUUUAUUGUUCACAAUUUGCGUGAUUUGUGUUACCAGCCCCAAUGGAAGAAAUUAGCAACCGACUUCCCGGAUUUGUGCGUGAUGGCUACUCAAAAGAUUGCUGGCCCUCCCACAGUCACCAUCGAAUCAGAUUCUGAUGAUUAACUUUGUCCUACACUUUCUUGUUUUUGGUUGUGCUUUCUUCUUUUUAUUGAUUGUAAAAUUUUUGGAUUGGAAUUGAAUUCAGAAAUAUGGUUAUUCUCAUUUGAUUGUUCCAGAUCCGAUUCCAGGUUUUAACGACUCGAUUUAACCAUUAUUCAGUUAAAUUUUUGCUUUUUAAAAUUGUGUAUUGUGUGUGGCAACCCCGAACGUUUUGUUUAUUUGUCUGCUAAGCUUAAUUGUUUCCUUUUGUUUGCUCUGUUUUUUUGCAGUCAGUCGGUUUCAGAAUAUAACACGUGAAAAAGUUAAA